AUGGCGCGCGUCUACGCCGACGUCAACCAGAACAUGCCCCGUAGUUACUGGGACUACGACAGCGUCAACAUCAGCUGGGGAGUUCUCGAGAACUACGAAGUCGUUCGCAAGAUCGGCCGGGGCAAGUACUCCGAGGUCUUUGAGGGCAUCAACGUCGUCAACUAUCAGAAGUGCGUCGUCAAGGUUCUCAAGCCUGUUAAGAAGAAGAAGAUCAAGCGAGAGAUCAAGAUCCUGCAGAAUCUGGCGGGUGGCCCCAACGUCGUUGCGCUGCUCGAUGUCGUGCGAGACUCUCAGAGUAAGACACCAUCUCUCAUUUUCGAGUAUGUCAACAACACCGACUUCCGAAGCCUGUACCCCAAGUUCAACGACCUUGACGUGCGAUUCUACAUCUUGGAGCUGCUCAAGGCUCUGGACUACUGCCACAGCAAGGGAAUCAUGCACAGAGACGUCAAACCUCAUAACGUUAUGAUCGACCAUGAGAACAGAAAGCUGCGUCUGAUUGAUUGGGGCUUGGCUGAGUUCUACCAUCCUGGAACCGAAUACAACGUGCGUGUUGCAUCUCGUUACUUCAAGGGACCCGAGCUGCUAGUCGAUUUCCAGGAGUACGACUACAGCCUCGAUAUGUGGAGUCUCGGCGCCAUGUUUGCCUCCAUGAUCUUCCGGAAAGAGCCAUUCUUCCACGGCAACAGCAACUCGGAUCAGCUGGUCAAGAUCGCUAAGGUCCUUGGCACAGACGAUCUUUUUGACUACCUUGACAAGUACGAAAUAGAGUUGGAUGCACAGUAUGAUGAUAUUCUGGGACGGUUCCAGAAGAAGCCUUGGCAUAGCUUUGUCACAUCGGAAAACCAGCGUUUUGUCUCUAACGAAGCCAUCGACUUCCUUGAUAAGCUGCUACGCUACGAUCACCAGGAGCGUCUCACGGCAAAGGAGGCCCAAGCCCAUGCCUAUUUCAACCCUGUUCGGGAUCCUGAAGUUUUCAAGCAGAACUUGAUCGGCGCUAACGGAGGACCGUACAAGUCCUGA